AUGGAUAGCCCCGGCCCGCGCGACGAGUGCGCUGGCGUAGAGAGCUUCCAACCCAAUGUCAGGAAGCACCUCAAGUCCAUCUACGACGCGCACACAGGAUCCAAACACCCACAGACAUCCGACCAGACCAGCGACCUUAUCCACAACAUACAGGGCUUAGUCAUAGACGACACGGCCCCUUUGGACUUCGAUGGCUUCCUCGCGCUCAUGUCCAAGCCAGACGCCGCCGCCAACCUCCCCCGCGACAGCGAGGACCUGUCCUGGCCGCUCUCGGCCUACUUCAUCUCCUCCAGCCACAACACCUACCUCAGCGGCAACCAGCUCUACAGUGACAGCACCACUGCCGCCUACGCUGACGUGCUGCGCCGCGGCUGCCGCUGCGUCGAGAUUGACGUCUGGGACGGCACCGGCAGCGACGCCGAGAGCUCGCAGAGUUCCUCCGACGAGGACGCCGCGGCCGGCAAGGAAGACCACAGCAAGCCGGACAGGCUCGCCAGACUCAAAGCCAGCUUGCCGGACUCGGUUGUCUCGCGCCUCAGCAAGACCGGCGCGCUGCGGCGCAAGCUCGAACGCACCGCCAGUCACCGCCUCGUCGAUGCCGACCAGUCGCUCACCUCGGUGCGCGCCGCUAGCUCCCACUUGUCGUCGCCAUCUUCAUCGUCCUCGCUCGCUCACGAACCACGCGUCUUGCACGGCUACACGCUCACCAAGGAGGUGCCUUUCCGUGACGUCUGCGCCGCCAUCCGGCAGCACGCCUUUGACGUCACUGACCUGCCCCUCAUCGUGAGCCUCGAGGUGCACUGCGGGCCCGAGCAGCAGGCAGUCAUGGUCGACAUCAUGCGGGAGGCCUGGGGCGACGUCGCUGUGGUCGCGCCGCCACAGAACAAGACACCGGCCGUGCUGCCCAGUCUGGCCGACCUGCGCGGCAAGAUCCUCGUCAAGGUCAAGUAUGCGCCGCCAAAUUCGAGUCACAGCGGGGAGGAGCAAGACCUCGGAACUACCCGCGCAGAUAGCGAUAUCCCAAACAAAGCGGCCAAGAAGAAACCAUCCAAGAUCAUACGCGCGCUGUCCGACCUCGGCAUCUACACGCGCGCCGUCAGCUUCAAGUCGUGGGGGCAGCCCGAGGCCACCAUGCCCGCGCACAUCUUCUCCCUGUCCGAGGGCAAGUUCGCCGCGCACCAUCAUGCCGCCGAGGACGGCGGUGCCGCGCUCUUCGCGCACAACCGCGACUACAUGCUGCGCGCGUACCCGUCUGGCCUGCGCGUCGGCAGCUCCAACCUCAACCCGGCGCCGUUCUGGGCUGCCGGCGCUCAGAUCGUCGCGCUCAACUGGCAGCAGACGGACGAGGGCAUGAUGCUGAACGAGGGCAUGUUUGCCGGCACAAAAGGAUACAUUCUGAAACCGCCAGGUUAUCGUCCUAGCCUCCCUUCCAAAACACUCGCCAACGAUAUCAUCCGCAAGACCCUCUCGCUCUCCGUCACCUUCCUCGCCGCCCAGCACAUCCCGCUGCCGUCCGGCGACACCUCCGACGACGGCUUCCACCCGUACGUCAAAAUGGAGCUGCACGUCGACGGCAACCCGCGCCACGACCUCGCGCACCGGCAACCCGCCGCCGCCGAGUACAAGGCGCGCACCGCCACGUCGCACGGUGGCGCCGACGCCGACUUCAAGGGCCAGGUGCUCGCGUUCAGGGGCGUCCGGGACGUCGUGGAGGAGCUCACGUUUGUGCGGCUGAAGGUGUGCGACGACGAGGUUGGAAGGGACGACCUGGCGGCGUGGGCGUGCGUCCGUCUGGAUCGCCUAGCGACCGGGUAUCGCUUCGUGCACUUGUGGGACGGUAAGGGUCGGUUGAGCAAGGGAGUGAUUCUGGUCAAGGUAGAUAAGGAGUUGUCGUAG